CAUACUCAGAUCACCGAGUGGAACCAGAGUGAUGAGAUACUGUUUUAUUCACAGGUUUACACUGGCGUCCCCCCUUCACCUACGCUCACACUACGUGUGUUAUUUUUACUGCUCUGUCUCCAGGGCCUAACAGGGUGUGUAGACGGGGGCAGGUCUGCAGUAAGUCCCUGAGUGAAUGCAUGAACGAAUGAAGAGUAAAUACAUGAUGCUUCUUGUAGCCAACCCAAGUCAUGGCUGGUCGGCACCAAGUCCCCCUCAGCCUACUCCAUUGUCAGGAGCUGGUGUCGGAUGGACGGUUAGACCUACUCAGGGAAGCACGGUGGAGGAACAGCCCCCGGAGGCAGUGGUGUUGAAGCUGUGGCCCCUGUGUGCCAGCCCAGUGAUCUGUUUGUCAUCGCCUGCCCCUGCCUGCUAGACUUGGACUUCAGAUCUGAGCCCGGACCUGUCAGCUGCCCGGGGAGGGCCCCGUCCCCUCCUAGCCAGCAAGAUGCCGAUCCUCAAGCAGCUAGUGUCCAGCUCGGUGCACUCCAAGCGCCGCUCCCGCGUGGACCUCACAGCCGAGAUGAUCAGCGCACCGCUAGGCGACUUCCGCCAUACCAUGCACGUGGGCCGGGCUGGGGAUGCCUUCGGGGACACCUCCUUCCUCAACAGCAAAGCUGGCGAGCCCGACGGUGAGUCCCUGGAUGAACAGGCCUCCUCCUCCUCAUCCAAACGCAGCCUCCUGUCCCGGAAGUUCCGGGGCAGCAAGCGGUCACAGUCUGUGACCAGAGGGGACCGGGAGCAGAGGGAUAUGCUGGGCUCCCUGCGGGACUCUGCCCUGUUCGUCAAGAACGCCAUGUCCCUGCCCCAGCUUAAUGAGAAGGAGGCUACGGAGAGGGGCUCCAGCCAGCUGCCCAAGAGCCUGUCCUCCAGCCCAGUGAAGAAGGCCAAUGGUGAGGAGGGCAGCCAAGAGGAGGCGGGCGUGGGGGAGGGGGUGGCUCGGCGGAAUGGGGCAGCCGGCCCCUACGUCCCCGACCCCCUCCUGGACGAGCAGGCCUUUGGGGACCUGACGGAUCUGCCUGUUGUGCCCAAGGCCAGCCACGGGCUGAAGCACGCUGAGUCCAUCAUGUCCUUCCACAUCGAUCUGGGGCCCUCCAUGCUGGGCGACGUCCUCAGCAUCAUGGACAAGGAAGAGUGGGACCCCCAGGAGGAGGGUGGCGACGAGGGCCCCAGCGGUCCAGCCCUGGCUCCCCCUUGUGCCGCAGCAGCCCCUCCGCGGGCCAGGCAGGAAAGCAAGGCUGGCCCGGACUCGUCUGCACUGGCCUCCCACGCUCUGGAAGAUGAGGGGUGGGCGGCAGCAGCCCCCAGCCCAGGCUCGGCCCGCAGCAUGGGCAGCCACACCACGCGGGACAGCAGCUCUCUGUCCAGCUGCACCUCGGGCGUCCUGGAGGAGCGCAGCCCUGCUUUCCAGGGGCCCAACGGGGCCCGGGCCGCUGGCUCCAGGCAGCCCGACAAGGAGUUCUCCUUCAUGGACGAGGAGGAGGAGGAUGAGAUCCGUGUGUGAGGCGGCAGCGGGUAGCACUGGAGCUCUUGGCAGCAUCCUCACCCUGCCCUCGCCCUGUUUUGACCUUUGACCUUAUUGUGCAGGGCCAGUCGGGAGCCUGGCUUCAUGUGGGUCACAGACCCUGGACCUCAUGGCCGAGCCUGGGGGCCCUUGGAGGACCAGGAAGGCUGGCACAGAUGCCUGACUUCACAUACCCCUGCCUCCCGUGGCUGUACUCUGACAACAGGGAUCAGUCUCCUCCCCGGCCUCCUGGUCCUCCACCCCGGCCCAGAUGGAUGCCACUGUCACCCUGAGUUCCUGCGGCAUGCAGCAGGAGGGCGGCCUGGAGGACCGCGGCUCCGAGGCUGGACAGUGGCUCGCCCUUUCCCUGCUGGGGUUUCUGCUGUGACUGCUGGCGGCUGCUGGGACAUGCGUGCGGCAGGAAGGGGUCGCACAGCCGAGGCCCUCCUGCCUUCCCUCUGGCUCCUGCACCUCCAGUCUGAUGCCCCUGGAGUGAGGCGGAGCAGGUGGCCAGCCGGAACCGAGCUGAACACACUAAACACAGCCUCUGCGGGGGAAAAGAACAGGACUGGACGGAAGGGCUGUCCCCGGGCACCCUGCACGGUCAAGACAGCGCCCUUGCGAGAUGACACUAGAACCAGGGCUGGGGCUUGCUCAGUCCCUGCGGGCUCGUUCGUUCUUUAUUAUUAAGCUGAAAUCCUUAUAGCUCAGUAUCAGGAGCAGUGUUAACUAGAUCUGCCACCGGGAGAGACAGAUCCUUCUAGAAAAGUCUCCCCCGGGAAAAUCUGCAGUGACUAUUAGCAUUCUAGAGUCUGGCGCUGUCCAGUGGCAAAGAAACCAGCUUACCUUGAGCUAGAACUUCCAGACUUCCGGAGUAGGGCUUCCAGAGUAGGACCACGCCAGCGGGUAUCUGUGUGUGUCGUGCCCACCUGCCCCGCCCCUGGCUAUUAACAGCUAGAGGAGGCCAGCAUAGAAAAUUCUUGGAAAAUGAUUUUUUUUUUAAUAAUAGGUUAUUUCUAUGGGGGGUACCUAGCUGCGUUUGGACCCUGUCAUUCCCUCCCCUAUGUCUGAGGCCAGGGCCCUGAGGGCGUGGUUGCCUCAUUUAAGGAGACGCGAAACAAAACAAACCGAAUGCAGAGUCGAGGUUUAGGUAGACAGAGAUCCUUCUUAAUACGAGUAUGUCCCACGCAAUAUUUGGAACACACUUAUGCUCAGAAAGCCUUUGUUGUGUUCUGAAAUUCAAGAUUCCCCCACUUCCUGUAACCCUACCCCAAGGAUAGAGGAGGAGUUGGAGCAGGAGUCCGGGGGUGACUGCCCGGAACAGGCUGAGUGCCUCCCGUCUCUGGGUAGCCAGCAGAGGAGGGGGGACAGGUGGGCACAGGAGCAGGGGCCAUGGCGCGGGCUCCACGCCCCUUUCUUGCCAGGUCCUGACUCAGACACCACUUGGUUCCUGAGCCCAGCCUGCGGCGCUCCUGUUUUCCUGCAGGGGAGGGCUCAGAAGCCCUGCCGGCUGCCCUUGAGACCCACCUGGUCAGUUCCAGAUCCUAAACUGUAUUAUUUUUUUCAUGGUAUUGUUAAAACAGUGAGGAAACAUUAAAAAGACCCUAUAGCA